AUGACGAUAUGUUCAGGAUGUGGAAUAGUAUCAGAUACUACUAUUUGUUGUCCUAUUUGUUUAAAACAUAACAAAAAAAUAUUUUAUUGUUCUCAGGAAUGUUAUGAAAAAAACUACAAAGAUCAUAAGAAGUUUCAUUAUUUCAUUAAAAUAAUAAGUAAUGAAGAAAUAUAUAAUAAGAUAAAUGAAAAAAAUACAACUGACGUAAAUGGAAAUUUACCUGUUGUAAUUUUAAGUAAUGAAAACGAAAGUGAAAAUAACAGGAAUGAUAAAAUAAAAGUUUUUCAAAAUGAAAAGAAUUCUCUAGACGAAAAAGUUUUAGUAAAUGAAUAUAAUUCAGCUCCUGUUAAAGAUCAUGUAGAAACAAAUAUUUUUAAUAAUAAAAGAUACAAAAAUGGGAAGAAUGGUACUUUUGAAAGUAAAGAUAGAAAAAAAAAUUACAAUAAAUACAAAAAUAUUACAAAUGAUUAUUUAUUAAAUGAUAAAGAGGAAAGUUAUUCGAAAAAUUAUUUAAAAAAAAUUCCAUAUAAAAGCAAGAUAUCUUAUAUCACCAAUAUGAUAUCAUAUUUAUUUUCUAACAAAUAUAACUUAAUUUUACCAUAUUAUAAUGAUAUGGAUUUAAAACAUGGUAAAAAUGAUUUUAAAAACUCUAAAAUUAAAAAUAAAUUAACUGAUAAUCAAAUUAUUGAACUUAAAAAGAAGUUGAGAAUGAAAAAAAUUUUACAACUAAUAAUUCUUUUUAUACUUAUUUCAGUUAUAGUCAUCUUGUCAACUUUUAUGUUUUCCUUUAUAUUAGAAAGCUCACAUAAAAAAAUGCAAGUUAAUCAUAAAAAUUUAUCAAAUAAACAGGAUACCAACAAAAAUUCUGAUAUUACAGAAUUGAAGCAAUAUAUAAAAGUAAUUGAAAACUUACGAAAAGAAAUAAACGAGAUAAAAGAAGUUCUUUAUAUGCACAAUAUAUACAUAAAUAAAAAUUUUAACCUUAGUAACUCUUAUAAUAUAUUUAAUAACUUCAAUAAAAUAAAACCAAGUAUAUCAUCUCAUCACAAUAAAAAGAUAACUGACAAAUCAAGUAGUCUGACUUCACAUCUCUAUUACGACAAUUCUUAUUCUAACGAAAAUUAUAGCAAGAUAAAUAAUGAAGACGAUAAUUCAACUUUAAAGCAAUACCAUUAUGAUGUAAAUGAUAUUAACGAAUUAAACUCAACUGAUAAUAAAAAUAUAAAUAAAGAUAAUUACAAUCCAUCUAUUGAAAUUAGUGAAGAAACAAAUUCUUCAGAUGAUAAUACAGAGCAUACUUUAAGUAAUCAUCUUGAAAAUUCAUUUAACACUAAUGAAAAAAAAAGUGACAUAAAUAAAAUUCAAGAAGAAAAUAUUUCAAAUGAGGAAAUAGAUAAACAUAAUAAUCAGAAUUUUCUUAUGGAAAACCAACUGUACAAUGAAAAUAAUAAUAAUUUUAUAAAAAAUCACAAACCAAGUAACGAAUAUGAAGAAGCAACAAUAAGUAAUAGAAUUGUAAAUGAAGAAAAAAUUAUAAAUUCAAGUAGUAUAGGAAAUAAUAACAAAAUAAAAAAUGAAAUUUUAGAUAAUAAAAAUAUACAAAAUGAAAAUUUAAUAUAUAAUCAUGAAAUGAAAGAAAAACAUAAAAAGGGUUCAUCAAAAAUAGAAGAAAAUGAGAUAGAUAAAAGCAAUAGAAUGAAUAUAAUUGAAACAGAUGAAAAUUUAGAGAGAAAAAUUAUGAAUAGCAAAUUAAGCAAAAAAAAGCAAAAAACAAUUUAA